AUGGAAAAAAACAUAAAUGUAUCCCUGGACACUGUGCUGACAGAAUUUAUUCUCCUGGGCUUAGCACAUCCUGCAAACCUAAAGAUCCUGCUUUUUCUGGUCUUCCUCAUCAUUUAUAUCUUGACUCAGCUGGGAAACCUCCUCAUUCUGCUUACUGUAUGGGCUGAUCCAAAGCUCCAUGCACGUCCCAUGUACAUUCUUCUGGGCGUGCUCUCUUUCCUGGACAUGUGGCUGUCCUCAGUCAUUGUUCCUCGAAUUAUACUCAGCUUCACUCCAGCCAGCAAAGUAAUCCCUUUUGGUGGAUGUGUGGCUCAGCUAUAUGCCUUCCACUUCCUGGGUAGCACCCAGUGCUUCCUCUACACCUUGAUGGCCUAUGACAGGUACCUGGCCAUAUGCCAGCCCCUCCGUUACCCAGUGCUCAUGAAUGGAAAGUUAUGCACCACCCUUGUGGCUGGAGCUUGGAUAGCUGGUUCCAUCCAUGGCUCUAUCCAAGCCACCCUGACCUUCCGCCUGCCAUACUGUGGGCCCAAUGAAGUAGAUUAUUUUUUUUGUGACAUCCCUGCAGUAUUGAGACUGGCCUGUGCUGACACAACUAUCAAUGAGUUGGUGACAUUUGUGGACAUUGGGGUAGUGGCUGCCAGUUGCUUCAUGUUGAUUCUUCUCUCCUAUGCCAACAUAGUCCACGCCAUCCUGAAGAUUCGCACUGCGGACGGUAGGCGCCGGGCCUUCUCCACCUGUGGUUCCCACCUAACUGUGGUUACAGUCUAUUAUGUCCCCUGUAUUUUUAUUUAUCUCAGGCCAGGCUCCAAAAGUCCCUGGACGGGGCAGUGGCUGUAUUUUACACGGUUUGUCACACCAUUACUGAAUCCUCUCAUUUACACAUUGAGGAACCAGGAUGUGAAGUCGGCUCUGAAGAGAAUAACAACAGGUCGAGCAGUCUGCGAGAGAAAGCAGUAA